GGACGUGCAAAAAAGAACGUCUUCCUUGCGCACACAUCAAUUCGGGUAAGUUCGGCUGAAGUCGGUGACGUCAUGUGCGCAAUAGUUCUGUGCGCAUUGACGAAGAAAAGAAAGAGAAGGAGAAUAUUGAGGAUGAAACGCAAAGAGAGCACGGUUAUACCGGGCGAGGAGAGAGUGUAACGCCUGAUAAGACCGAGCGAUGGUCGCUCUCGUGAGAGUGCGUGAUCCAAGCAACGUACCUUUUCUAUUUUGACAGUUCUGCCUUUCGUCCCGUUGAAGAAAAACAAAAAAGGAUAAUAUCUGAGGAAAUUCAAUAUCGGAAUAAAAACUAUACUUUUUUUUAAGUACACAGGUAUCACAACACAACGGAUCCGCCAUUAUACUUUGUGUCUCUCUCUCUGUUUUAUUAUUUUUUAUUUUCCUUUUUUUUGACUCGAUACACAAGUUUCUCUCUCUCUCUUUUCUUUGAUCGUUUCACUUUACCCUUUCUCUCGAUUUCAUAGAACGAGGAUGCAAGUUGUCGUGAUCGUAGUUUAGUUCGUUCGCGGGUGUCAUUGAACGCCGUUGAAUUUGAAUAGAGUGCAAGAGAGAUAGGUAGACGGACAGAAAGAGAGAGAAAGAUAUAUAAAAUAGAAAAGGAAAGCUUAAAAGAGACAAAGACAGAAAGAAGGAGAUCGUUGGUCAGAAAAUUUUCGGUGGUAUUCCUUGAUACAUACGGGGUGGAGAGACAAAUCAAAUAGCAGUGUUUGUGUCUGCUGCUGCUGCUGUUGCUGCUGUGCGCGAACGUGAGAUAUUGGUGAUGUGUUUUUAAGUGCGCGUCCUUAAAGCUUUUUCGUACAAGUUUUAUAUAUAUAUAUAUACUACAUAUACAAUAUAUGUGCAAAGAGCCACCUAAGUUUCAUCCAACGAUAUGCUAACUCAGUGAAAAUUGGAAAGUAAGUGCUAUUCGAUAAAAAGAAAUCGAACAAUCAACAAAUUUUACUAACUCUUCUAUUCCUCCUUCUUCUGUUAUUGCUGUGUUGUGUUACGUUUCGAAGUUCCCUUAUUUUUCUUUCCUCUUUCCUUUUCUUAUAUUUUCUUUCUUCCUCUUUUUCUUUUUUUACAUUCACAGACAAAGGUGGCCGCCUUUGGUGCCGCCUCGAGGACUGACUCUCUCUCUCUUUCUCUGUGAUAUAGCUUUUUCUCUUUCUCUUUCUAUCUCUUUCCCCUACUCCUACUCCUCUUUUAUCCUUCUCGCUCUUUUCCUCUUGUUCUUUUCCUUCCCUUCGUUCCCCUCUCGGUCCUCUUCACCGCAAUCCGUCUAGUACAUACACGCGCGUUUGACCCUCGAGGGUAGAAGAAGUGGAAGAAAGAGAAGAAGUAAUAAGAAAAAGAAAGGAAAAAGUAAAAGAAGAAUAAGAAGAAGGAUAAGACGAAGAAGAAGAAGAAUGGAGGCGGUAGCCAAGCACGACUUUACCGCGACAGCCGAGGAUGAGCUUAGCUUUCGCAGGUGUCAAGUCCUUAAGAUUCUAAAUAUGGAGGAUGAUAUAAAUUGGUUCAGAGCCGAAUUAGAUUCCAGAGAAGGACUCAUUCCAAGUAAUUACAUAGAAAUGAAAAAUCACGAUUGGUAUUACGGAAAGAUAACAAGAGCAGAUGCAGAAAGGCUAUUAAUGAAUAAGCAUGAAGGUGCCUUUCUGAUUAGAAUCAGUGAAAGCUCUCCUGGAGACUUUUCACUAUCUGUAAAAUGUUCAGAUGGUGUGCAACAUUUUAAAGUAUUAAGAGACGCUCAAGGCAAGUUUUUUCUUUGGGUUGUAAAGUUUAAUAGUUUGAAUGAGCUGGUAGAAUAUCAUCGUACAGCAUCUGUAUCACGUUCGCAAGAUGUUAAAUUACGUGAUAUGAUUCCUGAAGAGUGUUUAGUGCAAGCAUUAUAUGACUUUGCUCCACAAGAACCUGGUGAGUUGGAGUUUAGGCGGGGAGAUGUAAUAACUGUUACAGAUCGCACAGAUCAGCAUUGGUGGCAUGGGGAAAUUGGUAAUAGAAGAGGACUGUUUCCAUCUACCUACGUUACUCCUUAUCAUCACUCCUAGGUUAUAGAAAAAGAACAAAUGAAUCUUCUGUUUUAGGCCUGAUUUAAUAUAUAUAAUGCAGGUCUCAACUAUUGACCGCCUUAUCCCACCAUCAAUCAUAUACAGAAUGAUCAGUCUCGCUGCAAAAUUAAAUCUGGAAUAUUUUGCUAGCAAAGCACCUAUCGAAGUGGGCUACCAGGAAUAUACUCUCUGGUGGUUCCAAAUGUCGAGUUAUUGUAAUAAUACGAUUUUGACAUUAAAUACUAUUUAAUAAGGACCUAUGAUCGGUCCCAUUGAGAAAAAAACAUUUCUUACAUCCUUAGUAAUCCAUACGAGAGUGUGUAGAGAGUUCCUUGAUGUAUUACAUGACAGGGUAGUGUC